GCAUAUUUUGCACUGUCCGCCCUAAUCUAAUGUCGUAUAUUUAGAGUUGCCUUCAGCCCCUGUAAAUUGUCAUUGAGUGCGAGAAGACGGUGGGCGAUGAUGGCAAGGUUGAAUUGGUGCACUGCCUCUGCUACUCAAUACCUUUCCUAUUCACCAAUGCACAUUGCUUUUCAUCGCAAGUAGUCGUCCGUAAGAACCUGCCUAUAACAAUGGCCAAGAAUCACGAGUUCACCAUAGGAUGGAUUUGCCCUCUCCCGUUAGAAAAAGAGGCUGCAAGGAUGGUGCUGGACGAAGAGUAUCCACAAGAGGAGGUUCAGUACCAGAAUGUGUACUACUUGGGCGGCCAGAUUGGAAAACAUAAGGUUGUUAUUGGGAUGCAGCGAAGAACAGGGCUCACUGGUGCGGCAGUUCUUGCUGAGAAGAUGCGCGCUGGAUUCCCCAAUAUCAAGUACUUUGUCCUUGUCGGCAUUGCUGGCGGCGUGCCCCGCUAUGGGCCACCUGGAGCAGCGUCCGAGAUUGUACUUGGCGAUGUGGUGGUUAGCUCUCCUCGAGGGAAGCAUGGUGGGGUAUUGCAGUACGACAAGGGCAUGUGGGAGGGUCAAGGGCAGCUGAAAUUUCGAGGGCACACAAAUGGCGUUCCAGGCGAUCUGAUGGCCGCGGUUAAUAACUUCCGCGCAGAUGGAUGGUCUAAAACAAACAUGGCAGAAGUUCUCAAGCAAAUGCGUCUUAAACUGCCUAAAGAACAAAAGCACCAGUACGACGACCCAGGUCCUGGUCGCGAUAGGCUCUUCGAAGACACUUACGAGCACAAGGGCACGGGACUCGACGACUGUAGAGAGUGCUGCGAUAUGGAUUACAUUAAAUCGCGAUCUGAUAGAGGCGAUGGAGCCACUCGACUGGUUGAUAGGCCAUUGGUUCACUUUGGCAAUGUCGCAUCAAGUAACCAGCUGCAAAUAUCGGCUGUAGAGCGCAACAGAGUACAACGAGAGCACGAUGUCAUUUGCUUUGAGAUGGAAGCAGCUGGAGUCAUGGAAGAGUACCCGUGUGUUGUUGUUCGUGGUAUUUGCGACUAUGCAGACUCGCAUAAGAAUAAGGGCUGGCAGAACUACGCGGCAGCCACGGCGGCAGCGUGUGCUAAAGGGCUGUUGUCUAAGAUGCCUACAGUCGAAAUUGCUAACAGCGCGCCGUCCGCAGAAUCGUCUACACCUCAGCAGCAGCCAGCAAGCAUAACGAACAUGACUUUUGGCAAUAAUGACCGUGGCGUACAAGGCAGAGACAUGUAUGGCAACAUACAUAUUGGGUAAUGUAGAGGGGUGGUGUUGUAGUAAUGACUUUGCGAUAGAGAGGAUGAAUAGUACUACAGAGACUUCGACGUACUAGUAUUAGUUGAGAGUUGCGAUGCAAUUGAUGUUCGAAGAGCCACACUUACCGAAGUUGGUGGAGU